AUGAUUAAGCUUAUUUUUUGGAAUUCUAGAGGUGCAGGAAGUGAGAAGUUUAGAUCUGAUAUUGUGGAUCUUGUUAAUUUACAUUCCAUUGAUAUUUUGGUUAUUUGUGAACCUCGAAUUCAAUUUCGGAAAGCUAGUGACACUCUUUUAUCCCUUCGGUUUACUGAUUACAAAAUUGUUGAGGCUAAUGGCUUUUCUGGUGGUAUCUGGUUAUUCUGGGACUCUUCUAAAAUCAAUGUUGAUUUUAUUGAUUCCACUAGUCAAUCCAUCACCACUAAGAUCACUAUUCCCAAUGGUCCUUCUUGGUUACUCACUUCUCUUUAUGCUAGUCCUACCAAUUCUCUGUUGAUAGAAACUUUGGUCAUGGGAGAUUUGGAGGCCUCAGAGAUUGGGUUGAUUCUAACUCUCUCAUUGACUUGGGAUUUCUUGGUUCUUGCUUUACUUGGUCUAAUAACAGAAUCAAAGAGAGAUUGGAUUGAGCUUUCUGUACUUUUGUAUUCUAAUAACUCCGUUGAUAGAAGAGCUACUCCCUUCAGGUUCCAAGCCAUGUGGCUAACUCACAAUGAAUUCCCUGCUUUUGUUACUGAUACCUGGAAUUCUACUCAUGGCAAUUUUGUGAAGAAAACUGCUGAUCUCUCUCAAGCUUUGCUGCAUUGGAACAAAAAUACUUUUGGCAAUAUUUUUAGAAGAAAGAAACAUCUCUUGGCUCGAAUUGGUGGCAUCCAGAAAGCAACUGACAGGUUUAUUAUCCCCUGGCUUUUUCCAACUCUUGAUGCUAAUACUUUACAUGCUUUAUGCAUUCUUGUUGAUAUGUGUGAAGUUAAGAAGGCUAUGUUCUCUAUUGGUGGCUUAAAGGCACCUGGGUUUGAUGGGUUUCCCGCCUUAUUCUAUCAAAAAUUUUGGAGUUUAUAUAAUGCUGAGAUUUUCUCUAUUGUUCAAGUUGCCUUUUCUUCUUGUGAAAUCCCAGCUGGUUUAAAUCACACAAUUAUCUCCUUAAUCCCGAAAGUGCCUGGUCCUCAAAGUAUGGUGCAAUUUAGACCCAUUAGUCUGUGCUCUACCAUUUAUAAGGUUAUUUCAAAGAUCAUAGUUGCCAGGAUUAGACCUCUCAUGCAGAAUUUAAUCAGUCCUAAUCAAGUGAGCUACGUUCCUGGAAGACAAAUAUCUGAUAAUAUUAUGAUCGCUCAAGAAUUGCUUUUCAAAUUCAAAAAAUCGUCUGGUUAUAAGGGAUUCUUUGCUUGGAAAGUUGACCUAUCCAAGGCCUACGAUAGGCUCAGCUGGAGUUUUAUUGAGUCAGUUUUGCAUGAAGCUUGCUUUCCUCCUUCUCUUGUCAAACUAAUCAUGAGUUGUAUAUCCUCCACUAGUUUUCAGAUAUGCUUCAAUGGAGAACUUACUGAUUCUUUUCAAGCUCAUAGAGGUAUUCGUCAAGGUGACCCCCUCUCUCCUUACAUUUUUGUCCUCUGUAUGGAAAAAUUGGCUCACCUAAUCCAAUCUGCUGUGGAUAUCGGGGCCUGGAAAGCUGUGAGAACUUCUCAAUCUGGCCCUAAAGUUUCUCAUCUCUUCUUUGGAGAUGAUCUUAUGCUUUUUGCAGAAGCUACUCAUGAUCAAGCUCGUAUCUUAAAACAAUGCCUCGAUAUCUUCUGCUCCUUAUCUGGUCAAGCUGUCAACUAUGAAAAAUCUUUAAUUUUUUGUUCUCCGAAUACUAAUGGUGAAUUGGCUGGUGAUAUUAGCAAUAUAUGUGGCUCCCCUCUUACCACUGAUUUGGGAAAGUACUUAGGCAUGCCCCUCAUCCACUCCAGGGUAAAUAAGUACACUUAUAUUAGUAUUUUGGACAAGGUUCAAAGUAGACUUUCAGGAUGGAAGAGUAAGGUCCUAAGCAUGGCUGGAAGACUAACUUUAAUCCAUUCUGUGACUGCUACUAUUCCAAGUUAUGCCAUGCAAACAGCUAAACUGCCUACGUCUAUAUGUGAUAGCUUGGACAAGUUAAAUAGAAAUUUUCUUUGGGGAGAUAUUGAGGAUAAAAGGCGAGUUCAUUUGAUAAAUUGGGACACUGUGUGUUUGCCCAAAUCCCUUGGAGGUCUGGGUAUUAAGAAAUCUUCUGAGAUGAAUCAGGCUAUGUUAGCCAAAGCUGGAUGGAGGCUUUUCCAAAAUAAUUCUGGAUUGUGGGCUACUGUUUAUAAGGAUAAGUACUUGUCUCAUGACAAUCUUUUUGAUGCUAAUUAUCAAAUUCCUAAAGACUGUUCUAGUACUUGGCGAAGUGUUGUUCAUGGUGCGAGUCUUUUAAAACAAGGGCUUACUUGGAGAGUUGGAGAUGGUAAGAGAAUUAAAUUUUGGAUUGAUAUUUGGCUGCCUCCUCUUGCUCUUAUUAAUUAUAUUCAUCAUGAUGUUGAAAUUGAUAUAAAUGCUACAAUUUGCUCAUUUUGGAAUGAGAAUGGCAGGAACAUCAACUUGUUAUAUUCUUAUUUCCCUGAUGAUAUUGUUAGUCGAAUUCUGCAUACUCCUCCUGGCUUUGAUGGAUGUGGAGAAGAUAUCCAGAUAUGGAACUACACCUCUAAUGGCGACUUUUCUGUCAAAUCUGCGUACCACAUUUUCUUUGAUACUUAUGAUCAGCUUCAUUCUCCUUGGAAAUUCAUAUGGAAAAUGCACAUACCUCCCAAACUUAAAACCUUUACUUGGGUGCUUUGCCAUGAGAUUGCCCUUGUGUUCAAAAUAUUUGGAAUUCUUUCACUUUACCUAACGCUAAACAAAUGUGUUUUUGAUGUUUCUUUUCAAAGGCCUAGAAAUCCUGGUAUGCUUGUUAUCUCUGCUAUUACUGAAUGGAUCACUGCUCAAGCUAAAGUUAAUGUGGAUAGAAAUUAUUGCUUGAAUUUGCUGAGUUGGUUGAAGCCUCCUGCUGGGAUUUUUAAAUUGAAUGUGGAUGGAACUAGACAUGGUCCAUCAGGAAAAAUUGGUGCUGGUGGUGUCAUUAGAUGCUCUAAUGGCAAUUGGAUCAAGGGGUUUCAGGUAAACUUGGGAAUUGGUGAGAUUCUUGAUGCAGAAGCUUGGGGUCUUCUACAUGGUCUUAAGCAAGCUUUUGGGUGCCAUAUCAAUCAAAUUGAAGUUGAAUCUGACUCUGCAAUUCUGGUGAGGCUCAUUAAGAACACUGAUGUUUCUCUCCAUCCUCUUGGCUCUCUCAUCAGUUGCUGCAGAAAUCUUAUUGAUAAGUUUCAAUCUUUUUCUCUAAGACACAUUUAUAGGGAGUGCAACAUGGUUGCUGACUGCCUUGCUAAAAAUAGCAUUACUCAUGCCCAUGGAGUUGUGGAAUUUGAAUGUCCUCCAAUUCAUGUUUCUCAGGCUUACUUUGAAGACCUUGAUAAUACUGUAAGAAUGCGCAUAACUAGUGUGAUGCUUGCUAGCUAA